CUGAGUGACAUAGAGCCCCAGAGGAGGCUUGACGGCACUCUGAACUGACAGCCGACCAACGCACAGGUGGAUCCACUGAGAACAGCACCAUGACACAAAAUGUUGAUAGAAACAAGGUGUUUCAAACCACCAGAGUGCGGACUUCACUGAAGAACGAUCUCAGCUGGAUCCACAAGUCGAGACAGCCAAGGGAAGAGCAGGAGAACACCAGGAUGGAAGAGGCUGUGGUGGAGACCAAACCGAGAGUAGUCAGGCCGAAGUCAUAUGUCCUCUCCGCGGUGAAGAAAUUUGAUGUAUCAGCUAACCAGGCAAAGAGUGAAGAAGUUAUUCCCGGGGAGUCAGCGGUGGAAACCAAAGAUGAUACAAAGCCUCAAGCAGCCACUGAGCCACUUGUGCAGAAUGGUGAGCCGCAACCAGAAAUAUCAGUCACCGAUAUCAAAACAGAAAUCAAGGAUGCUAAUGCAGAAGCAGCAGUUGAACAGAUUAACGGAGAACACAUUGAGGCAGCUGCUGUGGUCGCUGCAGAAGUUCUUGUAGAAGAAAGUAUCCCAGAUGGUGAAGCACAAACAGUUGCUUCUGCAGAAGAUCCUGCUGUGCAACAAAUUGUGGACACAGUUGCAGAAAUCAAGGAAGCACUUGCAGAUCAAACAGCUGAUGAAGCUAAGAUCUCAGCAGAUGUUCAUGUGGAAGAUCCGGUUUCAGAAACUCCUGCCGUAGAAGAGGUCAAAGACACGGCUGAAGUCCCUGUUGCAUCUCCAGCUAAUUCAACACCUCAAGGUGAACGUUCAACUGAACCUAAGACAGUAGAUACAAUGAAUGUGGAGGCAGCAGCAGUAGAGCCAACCGAUCAGUCUGCAGAGGAGAGCAGUCCUGCAGAGCAUGCAGCCGAAGAAAUUAUUAAAGCUGUAACUGAAGUCGCAGUGGAGCCAUCAUCUGACAAGGGUGAUGUGACUGAUGCAAAGCCAGGAGAGGAGGCUGCUGUCCAAGAAAGUGUUGAAACAGUGGCUGAGUUAUCGGCAGAAUCUGCAUCUGAAUCGCCCACUCAAGUUGCUGCUGAAGCUGCCACAGAGGUGAGCUCUGAGAAAGGUACUGAAGAGGCUGCAAAGGAAACUGUUGAAGCUGUAGCUGAGGUUGCUGUGGAGUCAGUACAUGAAAUUCCUGUUGUGACUGAAACUGCAGAAGAAAAAGUCGCCCCCCAAGGCCAUGUAGACCCUGUGCCUGAUAUAGUUGCAGAUACUGUGUCUGUUUCGCCCGCUCCAGCAGCUCCUGAGACUGAAGUAAAAUCCGUUGAGUGUGAAGUUCAGUCUGCAGCCUCAGUAGAGCCGGUUUCAGAGACCACCGUUGAGGAGGUUGUUGAAAGCGUGGUCCAGCCUGUUGUCGAGCAAAGUGUUGAGCUGGCACCUGAGAGUGCAGCUGAACCUGUGGUUGAUGCAGUUGAACCCGUAACAGCUCCAGAUGCUGAAGUCACUCAGGAUAAGACCACCUACAAACUGAUUGAAUUAACGGAUGCAUUAGACGAGGAGAUACCCACAGCUGAAACUGUUCCCGAACCGCUGCCUGAUCUAAAAGAAACUGACACAGAGGAGACAAAACUGAUCCAAGAGUCUGAGGAGACUAAAAUCCCUGAAGUGAUACAGAAGCUUGUGGAGGAGCCACGAUACAUACUGAAAGAAACCAGUACUGGCAUACCGUUUUGUUCAUUCUGUGACACACUAAUCGAUGGAAACGUGAAGAUCACAUUCAGUGAACCUCUGGUGAGGUGCCACCCUGACUGUCUUAAGUGUGGUGUGUGUGCGAAGGCCCUGGGAGAUUUGCUGACCCCCAUGUUUUUGCAUAACCAAGUGAUCCAAUGUGAUGGCUGCUUUGCAAAAGCUAUCAAGACCUAAAGCCUAACUGGGACAAAUAUGUCAUCAGAGAGGACCCAAAGCGUUCUGUGAUUAAUGUGUUGUUUGGACUGAGAAACUCACCACUGCUGCCUUAACUGUGUUAACUGUGUUUCAACUCUGAGAGUUUUUUUUUAAGGACAUGCUGCAUUGUAAGGGGGAGGGAUUCUGUCAUUAAAUGCUUAUUUUGAAA